AUGAAGGAACAGGUCGCCACGCCUCUUAGCCCCGGCUUUCACUUCCUUAAGAAUGCCCCUACCAUUGGAUCGGCUACAACCCCGAUGGGAAUCCCUUCAGGACGUGACAAACGCCUCCAGCUUCGCCGAGAUCCUUCCUAUACCCCUUCUAAGUCGCCGAGCUCGUCACGGCGAUCUUCAAUCUCCUCCAGUGACCGCCCCAUGCCGUCUGCCUUUACCUCUAUGCUAAAUGCAACGGCCAUUCCAGUGCCACGUAGAUCUUGGUCUACCUCAAAACAGAGAAGAAAGUUACGAGGAAGCCAAGUGGAUGAGUUCAGUCGGUUAAUCCAGGCACCACUCAAGUCAAAAGAAGACUAUAUGACUGCUGGGGUUAUCAACUCUCCUCUGGAUAUCUUGCUCAGCCCUCUGGAGGAGGACACUGAGAAAUACCAGGCCGCCAGCGAAUCGGGCUCGGAGCCCACCUUCUCCGUGCAGUCACUAUCAAGCGAUUCGAUGUCUUCCUUGGAUCAUGACGUCGGCUCCCCAUCCAGUAUUCCUCAGCCACCGACACCAGGAAGCCAAAAGAGUCCAUCCGAACGACGGCACCUAAGAUACUCUCUUUCUGAGGAUUGUGCUCUCGACCACCCUCUUUUAGAGACGGAUGAUUCUGAUUUCGAUCUCGUCAUCGAGGAUUCAACUCUGGAUGAAGUUCCCACAAAGCAAGCCUCAUCGCGUUCCUUCCCUCGUCUACGAUCAUCAUUCAAGUCCAAUCUUACCGCAUCAUUAAGAGCUAUUAAAUCCGCUGCUCAAUCUGUUUCCACCUUUGCUACACCCUCAGUCCAACCCGAUGAUUUCCUUACUCGGUCUCUCUUCACCAUCACCCCAGAAAUGACUGACGACCGGCGUCCUCUUCCCAUGCAAGAACCUCCUUCACCAGCUCUCAGACGGUAUCUCAACCCAACUUCCAUCUCCCCGGCGGAGAUGUAUGUAUAUCAUGAUCACCCGCACGAUUCGCCUUCAAACCAGGCCUGUGUCUCGAUCCAGAUGCAGACCUACCGCCGCUCCCGUAGUAGAGGCCACCGAAGAAACCAUUUCCAAGUAAUUUCAACCCAGAAUCGCGAUAAAUUCCAUACAUAUGAUCCAGAAAGCCCUCCAAUUUCUCGUCAACGAGAACCCCGUGAGAACAGUGAUUUCCUACGAAUGGUGGUUCUAGAGAUGAACAUGCGACGUCAUGGCAAGCUCCGCGAAGAUGUCCCUACACGCGCCCAUAUCUGGCUCCCUCCUCGCAAGAGCAAUCCUUAUCGCUUGUCACUGGACUUCGAAGACUGCGACGACGACGGUGCUGUCCCAGUACGCUGGGUGGGUGUCUCGGCCUAA